AAACUCCGUUCGGCGCGGUCUAAGCUGCAGAUAAAGUCAAACCGACACGUACACUUUUCGUGCUCGUAGACGAACCGCACACUCGCCAACCAUUCCACCUUUACCAUAGUAGUAAGAUUAAGUACUGUUAUCCUGCAUGUGAACUCUUGAUGUCGUCACUGUGUAAAUAGAUAAAUAGAAAACUUUCUAAGUUAAUCGUGCAAUAAAACUGGAAGUGGGUGCUAGUGAACUUAUCCGAGUUUUCCUGGAGAUUUGAGACUCACAAUGCACCUGUAGCCUUCGAAGAUGCGCACCUUCCUGCUCCUGCUCGUCAUGGCGGCGGCGGCGGGCGGCCGUCCGCGCUGCGGGGGCGUUUUAACCGCCGCCAGAGGCAUCCUGCAGACUCCGGGUUUUCCCGCGGAACUUCCCGUUCCCAUCCACUGCGAAUGGGUUAUCGACGCGCAAAAUUUGGCGUCGCCCAACACCUCGAUCGUCGUUUACUUGACGCAGCUCUACGUCCAUGAAGGGCUGUCCUUCACGGAGUAUCAAGUUUACGACAAGACUUAUCAGCUCGACGGGCGAGUAAUUCAUACUGUGAACGAGACUAAUGUGGUUCAAGUGCGAUGGGUGCAGUCGUUCCAGAAUUUUUUAGUGAUCACUUUGAAGCUAGAUAGCAUCGACAGCGCGCACUUGAGGGUCCUGGAUCGAUUCCUGGAUGUUUAUGGGUUCAAUAUUACGUACGAGGUGGCCAGAGGGCCGGUCAGGACCGACUCGUGUACGAUCAUGGACUGUGGCUUCACCGGAAUCUGCUACGACCAUUACACGAAGUUCAGCUGCGAGUGUUUCCCCGGAUAUUCGGGCCCGUAUUGUUCUUCAGGCCCCAGCUCGUUUUGCACCAACAACGGAAGUCCUACCUGCAAAAACGGCGGCACUUGCAUCCAUGUGGGUGUGUCAGCUGUAAAGUGCCACUGCCAGUCCGAUUUCACGGGUGAAACUUGCCAGAUUCCCGUCAGUUCGACAAAGCCGAGUGGAUGUGACAGCUGCGUCCUGACCUGUCCGUUCGACGGAAAACUGGAAACCGCCUGCAAGUGUCGGAAUUCGUUCAAUAAUGGCACGAUCAACGAUCGGGUGGGCUUCAUCAGUACGAUGCAUCUGUCCAAUUUACCCAAUCUGAGCGGCGACGCUUUGAAAAGCUUCAUAGAAAAUCAGAUAUUCCGGACGCUCAAAGUGAACUACUCGAGGCUGGAGGACGUCGCCGUCAAGAACGUCUUGUAUUUCAGGUCAGGCGCCGAGGUUACCUUCCAUUUGUUCGCGGCGAAGAAGGAUGAAAAGCGCAUGAGGGCUAUUUUGAGCAAAUGGGCUGAUCGAGGUUACAUCGCGAACUUAACGGUUGCUGACAAGGAAUUUGUCUUCAGGCCGCUGCUAGAUUUGCAGAGUGUGUCAAUCAAUCAAAUUGGAACCAUCAGGCAAAGGGAUGAAUUCAUUUUAUCCUGCGUGGCCCGGGGACUCCCGACCAUGUCUUUCCGCUGGUUCAAGGACGGGGUAUUCGUCAACGUCACAGAGUUCACCAGCCACAAGUGGAGCCGCCUCAUCAAUGAUCCACACAUCAGCGAUCAAUACACGGCGCUCUUGGGAAUCGCGAGAUCGGAUAUUCUCGACGGCGGCACCUUUACUUGCCAGGUGGAAGACUUCGGAGUGCAGCAAUGCCUUUCGCGGCGGGUUUUCAUCAAAGCGCCGCCCGUUAUUAAAGUCGAGCCCAUGAGUCUCACCGUGCGAAAAGGGGACAACGUCACCAUUAAGUGUAUCAGCAUGGGCGACAGCACCAACAAGUACACUUACAGCUGGACCAAAAACAAGGAGCUGAUUCCGGUGCGGACCGAGUCGGAGAAGUACGACGUGCUGUAUCCUGGAGGGAGUAUUCUACAAGUGUUUAAAAUAGAUAAAUCCGUUAAGUAUUCCUGCCUGGUGCAAGACGACUCCGUUUCCUCCGAGGUGAUGGUUAAUAUUCACGUUGUGGACCCGCACCUCGUCCGGACCUGCCCCCCGGAGUAUUCCUUAAACGUUACAUGGCCGGAAACGGCCCCAGAUACCGAUAGCCUGCAAGAAUGCCCCAAAGGUUACGCAUUUCCGGGCUUCGUCCGGCGUUCGUGCACCCUGAACGAUGGUUUGCGUCCCAUUUGGAGGCUCCCCGACUACUCCCACUGCACUUCCGAACGAUUGUAUAAAAUAGGGUCGGACUUGCGACUGUUGCAAUUAGGGUACGAAACCGCCACGCCUGUCCAAAUACUCGAGAGCUGUCUUCGAUAUCUUACAUUUAAAUCUGACAGUGGUUUAUUGCCAGGAGAAGGAACCCGCAUACUGUUGUUAGUGAGGGAUGUUAUUUCCUACACGAAACGCUCUCGUUACGUCCCUCAUAAUGUUACCACGGCUGUGUUUGAUCUUGUCAACAGGGUUCUGAUGUGGCCGAACUCGCUCAUUGAUCAGGAGCAAGUGAAGCUCCUUCAAGAAGUCGUCAGUCAACAAAUCGAGAUCUCCGCCCAACUCUUAUCCGCUUCCGAGCCCCUGUUUCACUUAGCCCUUCCCGCCAUUGACGUUAAUUUGAUGGACGGCGACCAGAAAGAACUACCAUUUCUCUCCCCCAACAACACUAACCACCACACUUGGACCCCGUUCAAAACCAAAAUCCACUUCAAAGACAAACUCAAAGAAAAAGUCGCCACCAAACUGAACCAAAGCGUCAUCGGGGUGGUCAUUUACAGAAACCUCACAGCUUUCCUGCCGUCGCGCUCCGUCAUCCGACUAAAGGACGGAUCCGAAGCCGAGUACGAGGUAAUAUCUCAAGUUGUUCGCAUAUGGAUCCUGUCAAAAGAUAAAAGUUAUGAAAGUUACAACCCGCACAUAAUUCUGGAAUGGAAACACGAUUCGUACGAUAAUUCAAGCCGGGAGGGCUGGUACAUGAAGUGUGCUAUGGCCAAAACUGCGAUGUAUGCGUACUCGUGGAACACCACCGCGUGCACCACGAGGUUGCUGCACUUCAAUGUGACCAGAUGCACGUGUCCGGCGGCCGGGACUUUCGCAAUGCUGCUAACCACCAACAACGUACAAGUCGAGAAAGAAGAGCCACAACCCCGUCGCUACAUCGUCUUGGCUGGAUGCUCCCUCUGCUUCCUCUCCGCCCUCACCUGCACCAUCGUCUUGACCGCGCACUGGCUCCUCAAGCGCUCCUGCAUCGUUUUUCUCAAAUUACAAUGUUCAGUGUCCGUGACUGGCGUAAUGUUGACCUUCGUGCUCGUAACAGUAGGGGACACACCCGAGCGCCUGUUCCCGAGUGUUAUGGCCAUCAUCGAGAUUCUUCUCCUCAUGGGAAUGUCAGCUCAUAUAAGUAUCCUCCUCAUGGUGUACACCGAACUGGUCCAACUCCCCAAAUCCACAGCGUCCAAGCAAACUGUGAUAGGGAUAAGCACGGGAGUUCCCGUUAUAGCCGUUUUCGGUAACCAUUUAGCCCAUCGCACCAUGGACGUGCGCCUGAAGUCAUGGUGGCUCCUAGCCGGCACUCUAGCGUUCCACAUAUUCGUAACAGUGAUCACUGUGAUAGUAGCGCUUUUCCUUCUACUCUACUUCACUGUGAUAAGUAAACUGAAGAAACUGACCACGAUUCGGGAGAAGGAGGGGAAGAUUUUGCAAACACGGAUAAGUUUGCUGAAGAGGUCUGCGUUUGUCUUCGGGGCUUUGGUCGUGCUGACGGCCAGCAGUAUUUUGUACAUAAAUUUUUUAAACGCCAUCUGGUCCCAUUAUGAAUUUAGUGUAGCCGCAAUGUUGCUGAGUCUUGUAAUCGUUAUUUCGUAUAUUGCUAAGUCGGAAACCGAGUUUUUGUACUUGUUUCGGAGAAAACUUAAAACGAAACAGAAGGAGGGUUUCUUUGGAGUGGAAUCCACCGGUAGUCCAUUAAACUUUUUCACCAAAGAAGAAGCCGAAGUAGAAAGCGAGAGCAUGCCCCACCGCAAAUCCGACCAGCAAUCCUCCAAACAAGUCGAAUGCUUCCCCAUGUCGGACGCCAUCUCCUGCAAAUCCGGCCUCCCCGAGUGCGUCUCCGGCGCCAUGGAGUCCUACGCCCACACCGACGCCAUCUACUGCGCCCAGUCCUCGCUGCGCAACGACGCCAUAGAGCGAUACAACCGCAGCCCCCAGCUCUACCGCAAGAACGUCCCCUUCAAGAUCGAGGACGACUCCGAGCGCCUGCGCUGCCGCUCCCCCGACAUCAUCGCGUCCAAGAUAUGCACCGAGCUGGACCUGGUGGCGUCGCACGCCCCCAGCAUAGUCAUCACCCCCGAGGAGACCAUCACCCAGAUUCUGACCACGCCGCAGGUGGCGGACGACUGGAGCAAGCGGACGCAGCCAGACGGCAAGGAAAUUGCCACGGUGAGCGACAAAGUGGCGGAGGGGGCGACCGCCCCCGGGGACAAGCUGGACGGGAUGCUGGAUAGGAUUAGCCACGAUUUGGAUUAUUUGUUGAAUAGGGGCGACGAUCAGGAUGUGUGCGCUGGACCGUCGACGAGGAAGCUGUCGAAGAUAGGGGCGACGAACGUGAUUGAGGAGGAAAACGAAGAGACUGAAGAGGAUGUCAAAGUUCCGGAAUCAAUUACUGACAUAUUGAGAACUAGCUGUUAACGUAGGUCCCUGUUUAGAGGAAAUGCCGGAAGAUGGGGUAAAUUUGAAGGCGCAGUAUUUCCGUUUGUGUUACACACAUUUAUUAUUAUUUAGAAAUUAUUUAUCAAAUUGUAACA